AAGAUAAAAUCACCAACAAAAAAACAUAUCUCACUCCCACCGCAGAAUAAAAAAAACCUAGAAGCUGCUCCGAGCUGAGAACAGUGUGAAGAAGGAAGCUAUGGAAAAUGGAGCUAUGGAAACUGCACCAACUUCUGAAAUGAUCGGAAAUGAUACCGAGAACGAGAGAUCUAAGCUUAUAGAUCUUGCAUCAGCUGCUAUAGAUGAAGUUAUCAAGUUGGCUCAACCUGACUCCGAUCUUUGGAUCAAGUCUCUGGAGAGUGGGAGGGUUGGGAGGGAAGUUCUCAACCGCGACGAGUACGAAAAGAUUCGUUCUCCUUUUGAUACUCCGAAACCAAAUGGUUUUGUAGCUGAAGCUUCAAGAAAGACUGUGCUAUUAUGCACCAACACUGCUGCACUGAUCGAAACAUUUCUUGAUGCGGAUCGGUGGUCGAAGAUGUUUUCAUAUAUAAUUGCUAAAGCUAAAACAUUAGAUGUAUUAUCUAAUGGAAUUAAUGGAACCAGAAAUGGAUCUAUGCAACUGAUGCAUGCUGAGAUUCAAUUGCCUACUCCGUUGGUGCCGGUUCGAGAAUAUAGAUUCAUCAGGUUUUGCAAGCAGCAUGCUGAAGGUAAUAAGUGGGCUGUUGUUGAUGUUCCGAUCGACUUUUAUCGUGAUGGUCCCAAUGGAAACCCUAACUUGAGCUGUAAGAGGCUUCCGUCUGGAUGUAUUUUGGAGGAUAUGCCUUAUGGUUGCCAGAUAACUUGGGUGGAUCAUUCUCAAUAUGAUGAGAGUGCUGUCCACCAAAUCUACCGUCCAUUGGUUAACUCCGGCAUCGCAUUUGGUGCUCAUAGAUGGGUUGCAACUCUCAAGAGGCAUUGUGAAUCUCUUGCCAUCCCAAUGUUUACCGUACCAUCUGAUUACCCUGCAGCUAUAAGCCCAUCUGGCAAGAGUGGCUUUUUAAUGCUCGCGCAGCGGAUGUCUGAUAGCUUCAUGUCCGGAAUUUGUCCUUCGUCAGCUUGCAAGUGGGACAUCCUUCACAUUAGUAACAUGGCCAACAACGACAGGAGAAUCAUGUCCCGGUUAAUUCAGGAUGCCUCUGGUGAAAAUCGUGCAAUCGUGCUAAGUGCUUCAACUUCUGUUUGGAUGCCGGUGUCACGGCAAAAGAUGUUUUAUUUCCUCCGUGAUGCACGAAUGAGAGGUCGGUGGGAUGGUUUGUCCAACAGCGAAUCAAUGGAGGAGAUAGUCCGCAUUCCUAAAGGACAAUUUGGAGAUUCAGUUUCUAUCAUUGGUGCUGCUGCUGGUAAAGGAAACAAGAGCAACUUUCUAUAUCUACAAGAUUCAUGGAUCGAUAGCUCUGGCGCAAUGGUCAUAUAUUCUCCGAUUAGUAUGGAAUCCUACAACAUGGUGAUGAGUAAUGGUGAAGAUGCUUCAUUUAUUCCGGUUUUGCCUUCCGGCUUUUCAAUUCUUCCAGAUGGCAAUUCAAGUAACAAAACAAUGGUCAGAAGUGACGGUAGUGGCAGCAGUGGCAGCGGUGGCAACAUCGGAUGCUUGCUCACGGUUGGAUUACAAAUGUUGCUGAUCAGCAGCCGUCAAUCAAGCAAGCUGACAAAUGAAUCAAUUGUUACCGUUAAUGAAAUCAUCUCAUGCACUAUUCAGAAGAUCAAGAACGCUCUUGGAGUUGCAUGAUGAAGAAUUUGAUAUCAAAAGUUGGCAAAGGCUGAGACUUAAAUAAGGGUUUCUUUUGUGAGGAAAUUUUUUGGAUUUUACUUUAUGUGAAUUUUUUGCAUGAUGAUAGAUUUCAGAUUUGUCUCACCUUCAUUGCAUGAAUUUGAUGCUGGUUGUUUAUCUUCUUGAAUGCAUGAUUAUAUUUUAUAUUUUUUAUUAGCUUUUCUU